AUUCCCCUCAAAUACAACCCACACUCAUACAUCCUCAGAAAAACCAAAACCAGAAUUAUUCAGUUUCAAUUUAAUCGAUCAAAAUCAAAACGUCACCUGAAACAGCGCCUGAUAUGGAGAAACGCAGCAACACAACUACUGGGCACAAGUCAGGUGAUCAGAGAAGCAGCAGCAGCAGCGAUAUUGAGUUCAAGGGAGUCAGGAAACGUAAAUGGGGGAAAUGGGUCUCCGAAAUCAGACUACCCAACAGCAGGGAACGGAUUUGGUUGGGAUCUUAUGAUUCGUCGGAGAAGGCUGCACGUGCAUUCGAUGCGGCACUAUUUUGCUUACGUGGUCGCUCCGCCAAGUUCAAUUUCCCCGACAAUCCACCGGAUAUACCCGGUGGGAGGUCGAUGAGUCCGUCCGAGAUUCAAUUGGCGGCGGCCAGGUUCGCAAAUGCGGAACCAGAGCAGCCGAGAAUAGAGUCUGGUCACUCCAUGGAUCGGUCCGCAUCCGAAUCGCAAAUGGAGUGCUCGCCUUCUCCUUCAGUUUCGGAUGGGGCUGCCCAAUUGGACUAUGAAAUGAAUUUGGAUGGGUCGUUACCGGAUCUAUUCACGAAUUUGGGUUCGGGUAAUUACGUGACGGACUACGGAUUAUAUCCUGGGUUGGAUGGUUUUGGUGAUAAUAUUUUUGCACCACCAAUGCCCUCACUUGAUUAUGAGGACGAGAAUCUGGACCAAUAUUCAGGUCAAGAUUCAUUUCUUUGGAACUUCUAAAUGGAGUAAAAAACGGGUCACAAAAUCCGAACAGUUUUAAGAUUCGGAGCUACUGACUCUACGGAUAUGACCCAGUUUUUUUUAGCUGUGGAGGGGCCAUUUUUUUUGAUAUGGCCCAUCUAUCAUAGUACUGGCGUAGUUGAUAAACUGCUGUGAUUCCAAAUUGUAGAGAAUAUAAAAAUAAUUAAACGUGCGGAUUUUGAAGCUUCUUUAUAACUGCAUGAACGUAAUGGAAAAUGCUGACGUAGUUUAUUGUCAUACGAGUAUAACACGUGGACCUGGGAUUUAUGGCACGUGAAAUGUACCGAAAGGUCCAAAACUACGCAAAAGAACAAUUGCAUUGGGCGCUCAUAUCUUCCCUUAUUGCGGCCAAUGGGUCCAGCAGGGCCCAGCCCAUUAUGAGAUAACGCGGUACUACUAAAUCAUCAUCUUUUUUCUUGGCUAAAUGCUAGAGCCUAAAAUAAAGAUAAAAGAGAAUGUGUUUGAUGUAA